AUGCAGAAAAAUUUCUGUACGUACGGUUUCGACGACAAUAUCACAGAUGGUACCUGCUGGAAGGUAUCAAGGCAAAACUAUCCCAGUAAGAGCGAAGAAGAUAUCGUUGUCACCCAGUUAAAAAGACGCGUGUUCUAUGCCCCCAGCCGUUCUGUGUGCGCGCCUCUUCAGCCGAUUAGAACAGGCGAUACCAACGAGAGUAUAAAAGUUGACCUCGUGGGUCCGAUUGCCUCGUCUAUUACAGGCAAGAUGUUCAUCCUUGCCGUGGCACAUUUCUUCACCAAGGUGGCUGAGGCCGUUCCGUUACCAGAUGCCUCAGCCCCAACGAAAGCCCGUGCCAUCUUCAAUGAUUAG